CUUUCCACUUUCUUCAAACUAUUGAAUUGAAACAAAGAUGGCCGACCUUAGCCCGGUCGUAGAUGCCGCUGUGUCCAAGGUGGUUGCGGUUGCUUCAGAGCAGCUCAAUUUAGUUUGGGGAUGGAAGGAGGACCUGAAAAAGUUCCGUACCACAAUGAAGAUGCUCGGAGGUCUGCUGCAAGAUGCAGCCGAAAAGCAUGCAACUGGCCAGCCUGCUCAUCUUCAAGCUUGGCUUCAGGAGCUUCGAGCUGUUGCUGAAGAGGCUGAUGAUGUGCUGGAAGAGGUCGCCUACCAUAAUCUGAGGCGUCAGGUAGCAGUUCCAAACUCGUAUUGGAAGAAGGUCAGCUACUUUUUUACUCCUUCUAACCAUCAUCCCCUGGUGUUCCGCCUUAGGAUGGCUAAUAAAGUUAAGAACCUGAAUGUACUCCUUGAUAAUAUUUGUGGUUCGGCCAAUCGUAUGGGGCUGCAACAGAAAUAUGCAAACACUAGUGUUCCCGUGCCUAUAGUAAACCAGCAGACCCACUCUUUUCUACCUUCUACAGCUGAUCCAUCACUAAAGGUUGUUGGAAGAGAUAAAAAUGUUGAUCAAAUAGUUAGCUUGUUAACUGAUAACUCUAGUAAUCAGGAAGUUCUGUCUAUCAUUUCUAUAUGGGGUAUGCCAGGCCUUGGCAAAACUACCAUAGCCAAAGCAGUGUAUGCAACUGAUAAAAUAUGUCAAUAUUUUGGCAAAAAUAAAAUGUGGGUUUCUGUGUCAGUAAAUUUUGAUGUCCAGAGGAUUUUAGGGGAAAUGUUGGAGUGUCUUACCAACGCUCCCACUACAAUAAAAAAUACAAAUUCUCUAAUUGAGAAGUUAAGAGAAGAGUUGGAGAAAAUGGAGAAGGAGAAAAGCUAUCUUUUGAUUCUAGAUGAUGUGUGGAAUGAGGACAGUGGAAAAUGGGAUGAAUUAAGAAAUUGUUUGUUGUCAAUUAGUAGAAAGCCAGGGAAUAGAGUUGUUGUGACAACUCGAAGUGAAAAAGUUGCAGCUACAAUGGGAACACUUCCUAAACACAUGCUUCAUCUUAAGCAACUAGAAGAUAACGAAUGUUGGCCUAUAAUCAAGGGGAGAACAUUUGGAAAUGCUACUGUACCUCCAGAAUUGGAAGAAAUUGGACAGAAAAUAGGUAACAAAUGUGGAGGUUCCCCAUUAGUUGCAGUUGUUAUAGGAGGGACUUUGUGCAAUAAAAGGGAUAGAGAUGAGUGGUUGUCAGUUGAGAGGAAGAUGGAUGCAUUGAGUUCACUUGAACAUCAGCAUAAUAGGAUCAUGCAUGUUUUACAAUUGAGCUUUCAUCAAUUGCCAAAACUAGCUUUGAAGCAGUGUUUUGCAUUUUGUUCUAUUUUUCCCAAGGCUUUUGUCAUGGAAAGGCAUGUUUUAAUUCAGCUUUGGAUGGCUGAAGGAUACCUCCAACCAUCUGAAGGAAAUUCAAUGGAGGAUUUGGGUACCAAGUACUUUAUUGAAUUGUUAUCAUAUUCUCUAUUUCAAGAGGAAGAAAGAGAUUAUUUUGGGAAUGUUAAAUCUUGUAAAAUGCAUGAUUUAAUUCAUGAUCUUGCAGAAUCAGUUUCAAAAUUUGGUGCAGUGAUUUUCAAUGGAGGAUCUGGGGGUAAUGUUUCUGGUUCUGGGUCUGACAUUCUAAUUUCUGAUCAGUUUCAGCAUUUGAAUCUCAUUCAUGGUGUGCCAACCAACUUAGGAGAUGUAGCUCCAAAAUUAUGCACUUUGUUCUCAAAUCAUGGUUUUCCUUGUAGUAUAGGAGCAGUAAAAUUCAAAAGGUUACGGGUUCUCAGCCUUCAUCAUGCUUCUGAUGCAAAACAAUUGCCAACAUGCUUUAGCAACUCAGAGAGGUUGAGGUACUUGGACAUAUCAGGAACUGAAAUAGAAGAACUGCCCAAGUUCAUCACCAAGCUAUACAAUUUGCAGACAUUUAGAUUCAUGGAUUGCAGAUCUCUUAAAAUGCCCCCAAGAGGAAUAGGAGAUUUAAUCAACUUGAGGCAUAUUUAUUUCAAUGAUGAAAAGUGUAUGCCUGCAAACCUUGGGAGACUAACCAGCCUGCAAACAUUGCCAUUGUUUUUUGUAGGUACAACAAAGGGAUGUAAAAUUGAAGAAUUGGGAAGCUUAAGGGGACUCAAAGGAAGACUAAGGAUUUGUAACCUUGAGCUUGUUAAAGACAAAUCAGAAGCAAAGACAGCAAAGUUACAUGAGAAGGCAGUUGAGGAUUUGGCUUUAUGUUGGCAGAAAGGCGAAGGCAAUCGGGUUAAAGAUGAAGAUGUCUUGGAAGGCCUCAAGCCUCACUCAAAUAUAAGAAUAUUAAGAAUUGAAAGCUAUGAAGGAAGAAACUUGGCAUCAUGGAUGUCGAAAAGCAGUGAAGAAUUGAUGUUACUCAACAAUUUGGUGGAUCUGAAGAUUUAUAAUUGCAGCAUGCUAUACAGAAUUUCAGGUAUCAAUUGGUUUUCAUCUCUUCAGCGGCUUUCUAUUGAGUGGUGUUGUAAAUUAACUAGCUUGGGUGAUGGUGAUGAAGCAGUGCUUACAUCGAUGUCCCUCAAAAAAUUAUUCAUAUAUUGGUGUGAUGAGUUAGAAAGACUUUUAGUUAAUGGAUUAUCAUCUCUGGAGUGUCCUAAAUUGAAGUUUGUUCCAAGUCUAGAAGGACUUGUCUCUCUGAAAACACUAUAUGUAGAAAAUUGUGAUGGAUUAGAGUGUCUACCUACUGGGUUCUCAUCGUGCACUGCUCUGGAGGAAUUGGAGAUACGGAAUUGCUCUAAUUUAGUUUCUAUUCCUGAAGAAUUGAAACACUUAUCAUCUCUUGUUCUGGUGAAAAUUGGGCAUUGUCGAAAUUUGAGGAGCUUCCCUGAGGAGAUACUCGGCUUUCUUUCCUGCUUGAAGACGUUAGAGCUUGGCCCUUUCUCAAAAGAGUUGGAGGAAUUUCCAAAUUUGAGUUCCACUUCCACUCCCACUACAGCCUCCCUUGAAGUCUUGCGUUUGGAAGGAUGGGCCAAAUCGCUAACUCUGCCACUUCAAAUUCAACGCCUCACAGCUCUCAGGUACUUAAUUAUCACAAGCUUCAAUGGAGUGGAAGAAGCUUUAUUGGGGAACCUUUCUUGUCUUAAAACACUUCAAAUUAGGGAUUGUACUCGGUUGAGGUGUCUAUUAGGUGGGCUGUCAUCUCUUGAGGAAUUGGAGAUAACAAAGUGCCCCAAUCUAGUCUCUUGUCAAGGAGAGUUGAAGGAACUGCAUUCUUUAAAAAUUUUAGGCUGUCCAAAAAUGGUGGGCUUCCUAGAGAAGAGUCUCGGCUGUUGUACUAGGUUGAAGAGAUUAGAGAUCGGCCGUUUCUCAGAAGAGUUGGAAGAAUUCCCAAGUCUGAGUUCCAUCCACGCCUCCCUUGAGCAGUUGAAACUGUGGGGAUGGGAAAAACUAACUCAGCUGCCAGAUAUUCAACACCUCACUGCUCUUAAGGAGUUGAGUAUAUACUACUUCAGUGGAAUGGAAUCUUUGCCAGACUGGUUCAACAAUUUAUCCUCCCUACAACGACUUGAUAUUUGGAGCCGCCCAAACAAGUUAAUGGAAAGAUGCACCGAGGGAAGCGGUCCUGACUACUGGCAUAAGAUUUCUCACAUUCCAUACAUCAGAAUGGCUGGGUAGAUCAUCCAAUUCCAAUCCAAACACUGAGGCAAAGAGAUGGAAUGAUGAUUUCUAGAAUUCAGAAUUGCACUCCUAGAAGCUUCAACAUUGAGGUAGAUUGUGAAAGCCCUUUGUUAACAUACAUGAAUUCAGAGUACACUUGAUUUUCAAAAGGUGUUCAGUUUUAGCCCUUAAUUGGAAGAGAUGUUCGAGAGUAUUUUCUUCCUCAAUUAGUUUGCUACUUCUUUGAAAACCAACCAAUUUGUUCAGGAGAAUGCCAUGUGUAGCAUAUGACCACAUUGGAAAACUUGUGAAAUCUCAUCCUUUUUGUUCCUCUAUGAGGGAAAACUUUGACAGGAGUGUACGAGAACAAGCAGGCUCUGGUUCCCCUGAAAUUGCUUUGGCUUUUUGGCCCUUUUCCUUUGAUUAUGCUAGGCACUUGUAACUUGGAAAUAUACUCCCACUUUUCAAGCCUUCUGAAAUUUUAUCAGAUAUUCCAAAGAUAGCAAGAGGAAAGGAAGGAAAGCAGCAAUUUCUGCCCAGCAAAAGACAAUAUUGGAAUGUUUGCUGGGUCUUUUAUGGGUUUUAACUUUUAAACAUUUUUGUUUUGCAUUUGAGCACGUCUUAGGAUUAAAAAAAAAAAAAUUCU